AUCAAGACUACCUUUUUUCAUCCGUGGAGAUACACUUAUAUUUAAAUUACGGUUCGUGGAUGUUGUAAUGCGAUAAAUAUACUGUGUGCAGAUGGCCAAGAAUCAAGAAGCGACCUUGGGGAAUGAUUCUAUAACAUGGAACAGAGAAAAUAUUGAGCAAAUAUCAGGAAAAACUGUUCUGGUCAUUGGAGCGUCUGGUAAAGACCGCCGAUUUGUGUGGAAAACUUUUCAGGAUUUGAAUAUUAAGGUUGUUCUUGUGGAUUUAAAAGAAAACAAACACCUUCGUGACAUUGUUGCUGUUUUGUUCAAAUACAAUUACUUUGAAAAUUCAAUACUAGCAGAUGAAAGUCAUGGUGAUGCCAUUAUAAAACUUCUCGGUCCAACAGUGAACCAAUUAUCAGCAUGCUUCACUUUCGACGAAUAUUGUAUCCAUUUAACAUCAAUAUUGUGUCAGAAGUUAGGAUUUGUUGGAGUCAGUCCUGAUGUUGCCCUUAUGGUCCAGAGCAAACAACUUACAUAUGAUGCUCUGAGAACAGAACCACGUGAUUAUGAUACCAAUCAAUAUUCCCCUUUAUCAUUCCAAAUCCAAAAUGUAUCAGAUAUAUCAAAUGCAAAAGGUUUAUCAUUUCCAGCGAUACUGAAACCAGAAUAUGGUCAUUUUUCCGAGGCUGUAUCAAAAGUGUACUCAAUUGAUGAUUGUGCUUCUAAAUUUAACAUGCUACAAAGUACAUAUGAAAAGGAUUGGGAUGGGGUUGGCUUUGGUAGUUCAAUGGUUCUUAUGGAAUUUUUGCCAGGUAUUGUUCACCAUAUUGAUGUAAUAAUAUUUCAGGGUGUUUUGAUUAAAGCACUGGUCACUGACAUGGGUCCAAAAUUACCAUAUGGAUUUUCUGAUACAACCACGUGUUUUCCUACUACCUUACCAGAUAAACUCGUGGCAGAAAUAAUUCAGGCAUCAUUCAAUUGUUGCAGAAAGAUCGGACUAGAUAAUGGCGUUUUCAAUGUUGAAAUGGUAGUGACUCCAAAUGGUUAA